UUUUAAGAGGGAGGGUUUAUCUAGAAUAUACACACAACACAAGGACACAGGAGACAGAACCAUCACAGAGGAUUAUCCAUCAAAAUCAAAAUCCCAACUUCAAAUUUCUGCGUUUUAAGUUUUUACGAGUCGUUUAAGAUUUUUGGUUGCCUGUUUUUAGUUGAAAUUCAUACUAAAAAAAAAACAUGAUGUGGGACGAGUGGGACGACAACGUAAACACCGACCACGAACAAUCCGACCGACACCAAGACUCCCACCUUAAUUUCGAUUUCCUCUCUGCCUUGUCUAAACCCAAGGAUUACUAUAAGAUAUUGGAAGUGGAUUAUGAUGCUACGGACGAUACCAUUCGGUCCAAUUAUAUCCGCCUAGCUCUGAAAUGGCACCCGGAUAAGCAAAAAGACCAGGACAGUUCCACUUCCAGAUUUCAAGAUAUAAAUGAGGCAUAUCAGGUCCUGAGUGAUCCUGUCAAAAGAAUAGAAUAUGACAAGAAAGGGAUGCUUUACGUCUAUGAUUAUAAUAUAAUUGAAUAUCUCAACCGUUACAAAGGCCUUAUAUUAACAUGCAAUGGUCUUGGGUUAAGGCAUUCAAUUUGGUAAGUGGAGAUAACAAGCACAGAUCUCCUUCAAUGCACUUGGAGAAACUUUUGUGGUGCGUGGCACGAAUUUGUCGACACUUUAAACUGCAUAGUUGGGGAUGAGCGCUAGGUCGGGAUGCAUUAGUUAGUUUAAUAUUAUGUUGUGCUCAUGUACAAAUGUAAGACUUACCAACAUUUUGUAACUUCGUCUUCUUGACCAUUUUACCUCUUCUUGGAGGUUUGUUGAUUAUAUAUGUCACCUCUUUGGGUAA